CUUUUAUCUAUUCUUGUUCAUCCAUCGGAUUUAUUGCAUUGUAUGGGAGAAGGCUCAUUACUCGUACUGACCUACAGUCUGCUUUUCGCAAUUCGACCAAUAUCUGCUUUUCUCAGCCUUUUAUUAAAUUAAAAAUCAUUUACCUUUUGUUUAUUUGAAUGUUAUCCGGCCUGUCUGAUUAUGUUCAGCGAGGUAGUGGCCCUGGAUAAUCACUUUGCUUAACCUUGUUUGCGAUAUAUUCAAUAGCCCAAACUCCAUAUAUACCUGAAUCGCUCAAUUGUAGGUUCAUCAUAUCAAUUGAGAUUAUGAUGCGAUUGAUUCUAAUACACGGCAGAAGACUUAUGAUUCAGCAGAAAUACCAGCCUUGCACCACCAACUCGCAAUCCAGCAGUGAAGACUCGACAUGAGAGCCUGAUCAUUAUCACAAGUUUUCUCGAGAUCGCAAAUUUGGACAUUAGUGGAUUUUAGCAUCAAUUCUUUGAUCUGUUAAUCAUAUAUCGAGUUCAUGGCCUCAGAGCAAGAAACAAUUUCCGCGACCGUACCAGUCUUUACCGCGAAGUUAUCAGACCCCGCCACCAAAUCUCCUACAAUAUCGAGCCACCCGGAACCCGAUAACACCAGGGCAAGGUCAUUGAAACGAAGUCGACCAGAUCAAACGCAAACCCCAGCAGAUCUUACAUCAAUCGCGAACGCGGGGCUGAUCGUUUCGCCUGCAAAAGCACCACGAUUCGGCGGCACGUUUUGUCCAGUAUUUCCUGCUGUGUCACUCACUGGGGCAGCGGCAUUCGAAGACGGACGACGAAAGAUAGAAGAAGCGCAAAAAGGUCCACCCGGCGCUAUGAGCAAGAACCCUGGCCAUGAGGCCAUCACGUCUCUUCUAAGUGGAGGAGGAGUUGGCAUGAGUAAAGUCCAAGAUGCUCCGGUGGCUACAAAUACUAUGAGUGAAGGCAUGUCCGCAGCUGCGAGUGCACUGACGAUACCCACGACUUUGCCGUUCGAUGAGAGGCCGGAAACCAGUCCAGCGAGCGUCACAAGCCUUGCAAGCUUGGGCAGUACGGCACAAACCGCAACCGCUAGUCCUACGAUUGUAGCUAGUCCCCCUUCCAUGACCAAUACUUUAGAGGCCGACAAUCGAGAUUCACGAUCAGGUAUCAACCAGCUUCAAGCCGCCAUUGAUGAACAGCACCCGAACAAAUCAAUGUCAUUCCCAGGCAAUAUGGCACAAAUAGAUCCAUCGCAGUAUCCCACGCGAGGCAUGAGUUUGCCUGUGCCUAAUCAAAACCAGCAAUUGUUGCCAAGAUCGCCAUCCCAAAAGAAACACAAAUGUCCUUAUUGCGAGACCGAGUUUACUCGACACCACAAUUUGAAAAGUCAUCUUCUAACACAUAGUCAAGAAAAACCUUACGUGUGUCAGACUUGUCAAAUGAGGUUCCGAAGGUUACACGACUUGAAACGUCACAUGAAACUACACACAGGAGAGCGCCCUCAUAUUUGCCCAAAAUGCGAUCGAAAAUUCGCGCGAGGAGAUGCGCUCGCCCGUCAUAGCAAAGGACUAGGCGGCUGCGCCGGAAGGAGGGCGAGCAUGGGAAGCUUCGGCGGGGAAGAAGAUUUUGACGGAUCUAAUGUAGGCGAAACGGACGACAAUGGAAUGGACGGAAUAAUGUAUACGAAUGGUAAUCCCCAUGCCAACGAAGUAGAGAUGUCUGAGGAAGACGGCCGACGGUUUAGUCUACCGAGCAUCAAAGCACAGCAUGUAGCCUCUAAUGUUGGCAAUGUUGGUAGCCAAGAUAGUUACAAUUCCAACUCACGCACUCCAAGCACCUAUCCUCCCGCCGGACCAAGACCAAAUCCUCUCACAGGACUUUAUCCUCCUAAUACGGAUCGUUUGGGCUCUUCUAGUUCGGCUACAUCACCGAGCAUGCAGAACAACGUUAUUAGCGUUCAUACACCUAAUAAUAGCUUAACAUCAUUGCCACUCAGCACCAGUGGUGGCUCGAUGUUUUCCCAAAGUGGUAUGACCGAGAGUCCUAAGCCACUCAGUCCGGCAGCUAUGCAUUCACACCAACUGGGCCAUGAUUCCGCCUUGAUCACUAGGCAACGAUCCCCCAGCUUGACUACUCAAUUCCAGCAACAGCACUUCGGUCGUCACCAAUCCGGGAGGAGUCCACCACCUGGAAUGUCUUUACCGUCACCGCACAGCGCACAGGGGCCAAAGCUUCCUGCCCUUACUGGAUUAGCCCCUCCUGACACAAGAUUCACUUUGACAUCUCAAUUAUCCAAUCAACAGGGCCCUGGAAAUGCCCAACAAGGUUCUCAGCAGCAACAACCUAUCCAGCAAUCCACAUCCCCUACGUCUUUGUUCCAACCCUCCAACUCUCUCCAAAGCCGAGGUCCCCCAAGCCAUCAAGGCAGCGGUGAUAGUAGUAACAAUUUGUUCACAUCUGGCGCCUCGGGAGUUUUCGCAUAUGUUAAUACAUUAGAGGAAAAACUCAAGCUGUUUACUGACAAAGUGCUUGCCAUGGAAGUCAAGGAGAAAAGCCAGGAAGAAAAGAUCAAGGCUCAGGACGAGAAGGUAAAUCUAUUGUCACAGGAGCUUAUUGCUGUCCGUAGACAACUAAGUUCUCAAAAUCAAAGUCAGCAGUCAGGAACAUCGUAACAACAAUCAUAAUAGGACGCAAGUAUACGCAGCUGUUCUGUACCAAAAUCACUUCUGGUGUACAAAGAUAUCAUGGCGUUGAGUAGCGAAAAGUGGGUCACGAUACGCUUUGUUUGGUUUAUGAAACUUUUGCACGAAUUUCACUUCUUUUAGUGGUGGAGGCGUUUUAUCUUGGGAGGUGUCAAUGAUGGGACUUUCCAGCAAAAAAAAGGUAGCACUAUUUUUCCAUAGAAGUUGGCAGGUUUUUUAUCAGUGCCGGCAUACCCCGGGGUUUCCUUUCUUUCGUUAUGGUGGAAAUGCUUUGGUAGGAAGAGAUUUGAGGGAGGCAUGAUGUUUGUAUCUAUAUUCUUGCUGUAAUCACCCACAGAAUCACGGCAGUUUACGAUUUCAACGUAUGUUUUGCGGGGUUGGAGUUUCAUAAAUCAAAGCUUUAGAAUGAUCAUACGUGAUGAAAUGUAUUCGCGGGUUGCAGCAGAAAAGGGAGUUGUCGCCUCUUAUGCACCAUUGAAGAAUAUGAUAUUUCACAUCCCGAAUGUAGAGGUUCUGAGGUUCUACAUAGAUUCGUUUUGGAGAUUGGUAUUAGCAUACCCAUCAAGAGAUAUUGGCAAAAGGAAAAGGAAAAGGAAAGAAGGGUUGGAACAAGGGGGUUAAUUGAUUCAUACAGGAUUAAGAAGGGGGCAGCGGCAGGGGAUUUAUCCAUUUUGGAAAUCACAUUUAAUUUUCUCUUCGUUUCUGAAUGUUGAGAUGUUUGAUCAUUGGGUUGGAUAAUGGGAGUUGAUUGAAUUC